AAGCAAGUCUCAACAGACUCGCCCUCCAAGCCUUUCUUCUUACAUUUUCGUGGACGACGAAGCUUCAAGCUUCGUUCCCCGAAACAAAAGCACUCCACGCAUCUCAGUAACCCUGCUCUGUAAAUAUUAGCACGAAGAGACGCAGCUCCAAAUAUCGUAGAAACGAGGAGACAGAUCAGAGGUCAAACACAAGACCCGGAGAAGAUCAUCCAGGAGCUGGCCGAGGAGAAGAUCGAUCAUGGAGUUAGGCUUGGGCUGCUUCGGUGCCCCCGCUGGUAGAAAGGUGUCGCCUGCUGCGAGGCAAUCGGGAGGAGGAGAAGGUCAAGAAGCGAAGCAGCAGCAGGUGCUGCAAGUUAAGGCGCCAAGUGGUCUCGGCGAGGAGAAGAUGGGAGGUGAGCCGGCCAAGGUUGCAGCUGCAGGGAGGAAGGAGAAGAAGUGGGAUCAUCGGAAGGCUCCCCUCGUGAUGCAUCAGUUCCCCUUCCACUCUCGCCCCGGGUUGCUAUAAUUUUGAAUGAUCGUGAUUGAAACUCUUUGGGGUCUUUGUUUUCUUUUUUUCCUUUUUAUUUUCACCACAACUAGUACUUCGGAUUGUCUCUUGAUUCCGUUGGAUGAUCGGCAUAUGUAAUUCUUUAGUUCUUUGAUUUUUGUCACCUGAUAAUACAUAAGUUCGCU